UCAUGAUUGUCACGUGCUACUUCAAAAGAUAUUUCCAGUGGCUAUUCUUCCUUACUUGGACAAAAAAAUACGUGGCACAUUGAUUGAGUUCUGUCAGUUCUUCCAAAAGCUAUGUGCCAAGACAUUAUAUGCCAUCGAGAUUGAGAAAAUGAGAUCAGGAAUCAUUAUGAUAUUGUGUAAACUAGAGAAAAUAUUUCCUCCAUCAUUUUUUACAAUAAUGGUUCACCUUUGUGUGCAUUUGCCUGAGCAAGCUCUAUUAGGUGGGCCAGUAUGUGGAAGAUGGAUGUUUGGUCCCGAACGACGAAUGGGUACAUACAAGAACUAUGUUCGUAACUUUGCACGUCCAGAUGGUUCUAUUACAGAAGCAUAUGUUGUUGAUGAGGCUGUGACUUUUCUAUCAAGAUAUAUACAUAAUAUUGAAACAAGUUUCACACGCCCAGAGCGUAAUUGGGAUGUACCUACCUCAAAUUAUUCUUUAGAAAUAUUUAACAAUAAAAUUCGAAUGAUGGGGGCUUCUACAUUUGCAAGGCUUGGGGCAUAUAGCCAGAUAGUGCAUUGGUACAUCCUAAAUAAUUGUGGAGAACAACUGGAUAAAUACCUGAGGUGAGCCAUUUUCACUUUCCUAAUUACUUUUAAUAGGACAUUUAUUUUUAGUAUUUAAAUAAUUACUUUUCACUCAAUAUAGUGAGCACAAAGAAUUAUUGCGUUCAAGAUAUGUAAGAGAAGAAGAUCUUGAAGCUGCUCAUAAAGAGGAAUUCUUUUCUUGGUUUAAGACCAAGGUAAAUUAUGUUUGAUAUUAAGUUUAUUAAGUCAUCAAAUACAUUUAUUAAAUGGUGAAAUAAAUAUUACAGAUGGCAAUGCUUAAGGUUAAUGGCAGUCAAGAAGCAACAGAUGAUUUGUAUUCUUUGUCACAAGGUGCUGAUGAUCGUUACACAUCAUGGAAUAGUUGCAUUAUAAAUGGUGUUCGAUUUCGUUGUAAAAAACGUGAUGAUAAGUUCAACACACAAUGUAGCGGAGUUUCAACAGGGGGCACUGAAGAGAGUGGAAAUAUUACUUAUUACGGUGUUUUACUUGAAAUCUUAGAGUUGGACUUUAUUUAUCAUCGAAAAGUUUUUGUCUUUCGAUGUAAAUGGUACAAUACUGAUCCAAGAAGUAAAACAAUGGCAAUUGAUCAUAAUUUGACAUCAAUUGAUAUUACUUCUAAUUGGUAUGUUGAAGAUCCAUUUAUCUUGGCUGAUCAGGCUCAACAAGUUUUUUAUCUAAGUGAUCGAAGUAGGGGUAAAAAUUGGAUGAUUGUCCAAAAAGUUAAUCAUCGAAACAUAUUUGAUGUGCCUGAGCAUUCAAAUGAUUCAACUGACAAUGAAUUCGUUAGUGAUCCAGAAAUUGUGAAUCAUGGGAUUUUUCAAGAAGAAGAAUCAAGUGAGUUACCAACUUUUGAACCAAUUGAGGAAGUCAUUGAGACGUCUUCACUAGUUCGACGAGACGUGGCACCAACAACUCUUUCUAAUGAAUUGAUUGCUGAAUUACAUAUUGACAAUGGACAUAUUGAUAAUCGAGAAGAGGAUGGUGAUUUUGAUGAUAAUGGAAGAAUGUUUAUUAAUGAUGAAACACUGUAUGAGUAUUUGAGUGAAGUUGAUUCUGAUAGAGAAGAUAUUGAUAUUGAUGAUGAUUAGGUUAAUUGCUUUUUUAUAAUAAAUUCUUUUAAUUAAUAUCAUUUAAUAUAUUCUUAUUUUAUUCAUAAUACAUAAUAUAUAUUAGAAAUUUGAUUAUCAUAAUCUGUUUAGAUUUUUAAAAUGGCUCCAAGUGUUAGAAGAGGAUCACGAAGGGGAGGACGGAGUGGUAUGACUACAAGAUCCAAUAAAAUUACAAGUGGUAAGAUUAUUAUAAUAUAAUUUAUUUGAUAUUGUUGAGACAUAUAUAUAGUACUUUGCUGAAAUUGUUUUUUUUUUUUGGAUAAUUUUACAACAGAGUCUCAUUCUAUUGCACCAUCAUCUUCAUUAGCACCAUCAACUAGUGUAGCACCUCCUAAUUUGAGUGGUAUGAUAUUUCCCUACAACUAUAUAUUUAAUUAAUGAUUAUAUUGGAUUGAUAUUUUAUUUUAUAAUGUAAUUGUUUAUUAGCUCAACAAGCACAACAAGCACCAACAACUGAUCCACCAACAGUAGAACCACCGUUAGUAGACCUACAUAUUCAUUCAAGUGGUAUAAUUGUCCUUCAAGUUCUUUACUUAACCAAAAUUUCAAAAAAAAAAAGUUCUUUACUUAACCAAUAAGGGUUAUAUCUGAAUAAUAUUGUAUGUUAUUUUUAAAAUGUUGUAUUGUAGAGAAAGCUAGAAACCCUAUAGCAAAACGGGGGCCUACUUGUGGUCAUGGUACUAAGGUACUUAAGAAGUCAGCUAAGUCGUUAACUGUAACCUUCGACUAUAAACUUAAUCAAGCUAUUUGUGAUAAUGCUGAGCGAUUCAACAAUGAGAUUGGAUUUAUAGUUCGCCAAUACUGUAGUUUUCAGUACAAAGAAUGGAGGCUUGUACCUCCAGAAGUUAGAGCUCCACUUCGUGCUCGACUCUUGGUAAGAUUGACUAAUAUUUCUAAAUUUUUAUAUUUUUCAAUUUAUGAUCUCUAAUUAUUAUUGCAACUUUCUUCCCGUAGAAUACAUUUGAUAUUGACAUUGAAGAUGAGAAAGUCCAAAAAGUUAUUGAUGGGCAGAUGCAACGAGCAUGGAGAGGCCACAAAUAUAAAUUGCAUGACCAUUUCAAGAAAGUUGGUGGUGAAAUAGAUCCAACGAAGGCCAAGAAUGAGUGCCCUAGAGGAGAAGUAUCUCAGCAAGACUGGGAAUAUCUUUGUGAUCGUUGGUCUGAACCUAGCUUUUUGGAACUAUCAAAGAAGAAUGCAGACAGUCGUUCCAAAAGGAAGUGGGACUCUAGAAAUGGCUCAAAGUCUACCGCACGUCAUCACAUAUCACGUGGAGUAGAUUUAGAUGCUAGCAUAGGACAUAUUGAGACUUGGCGCCUUCGUCAUUGGCAUAAAGAGAAUGGAUGGGAAACUCCAGAGCUGAAGGACACAUAUGUAAGUGUAUUUUCAUUUAAUGUAGCCAAUUAUAAUAAAUUAGUUGUCUUAUAUAUUUACUUUUAUAUAUGCAGGAAAAAAUGAUACAGUUAAGGCAAGAUAACCCUCCAGAGAAGAUGUCUGACAAGGAAAUUUUAGAACAGGUACUUGGUCGACACUCUGUUCGUUUGUUUGGGUGGGGUCGAUCUCCUAACAUAUCCGAGACAACAAAUACUAGUAGCGAUCCAGAUCGUCCUAGUUAUUCUCGACUCAUGGAGCUUUAUCUUGAUUUACGAGGAGAGCUUGACACUAUGCGACAAGCUUUAAUUGCAAAGGAAAUCAUGUUACCUUCAACAAAUACACAUGCAUCUGACCAUAGUUCAGGACCUUCAAUGAACCCUACUCCUUUCAGAAAUAAUCAAGACACACCUUGCCAACCUAGUUCAGAGUUUAUGGGCGAGAAUGUGUAGGCUAUCUAUAUUUAGAUAUCUAGUUUUCUACUACACUUUAUACUCUAGUUCUAUUUUAUGAAUUUGUAUGUGUUUUGCUCUUACAUUUAAGACUUAGUGAUGUUUUAUAUUUUUUUCCAUAACUAUGUUUUACAUAGUUUUAUUUUUUAACAAUUUAGUGUUUAUUACUUUUUUUGUCAUAAUAAAUAAUUAAGAUAUAUAAUAAUUAAUAAAAUAUUUUAAAAAAUCUAAAUAGAAUUAAUAAAUUAAUAUUUAUACACAUAAUUUAAUCUUUACCCACACAUGUUUAUGGUUUACCCACACUUCUCAAUUGACACGUGGCACAUAUAAAUAAUGACACAUCAUACCACGUAAGUUGCCACAUAAAUGCCAAGUUGGAACUUCGUAUCCAUGUGUCAUGCCAUGUGUCAUGCCACGUAAGAUGACAUGUUGGCAAAAUAGCCACAUGUCAUGCCAUGUCACAUGCCAAGUCAUCAUCCACAUCAUCAAUUAUAUCUAACCUAGAUACUCACCCACACAAAUUUAUUAUAUUUUCCUUCACAUAUGUGUGUGGGUAAUGACAUAUCUAUUCCCCUCAUAUAAUGUAUGUGUGGGAAAUGAUAUUUAUCUACACCUACUUUUCUACACAUGUCUACACUUUAAGUAUGUGUGGGUAUAAAGUUUACCCCACACAUAGAGAUGUAUUUCCCACACAUUAUAUGUGUGGGGAAAACCCCUAAUUUCUU